AUGGGGAAAGUUCAACUUCACGUCUGUAUCGUCGGUGCAGGGCUUGGAGGACUGGCAGCUGCAAUUUCCAUUGCUAGAGCUGGCCACAAAGUGACUGUUCUGGAGCAGGCGCCUGCCCUGGGAGAGGUCGGAGCAGGCAUUCAGCUCCCACCCAACAGCACCCGCAUUCUGUCUCGCUGGGGCCUUCUUCCGGCCAUUGAGAAGGUCUCGGUGCGUCCCCAGAGCUUCAUCCUGCGCUCCUACCGCGAUGGCAAGGUCCUAUCCACCCAGCCCCUCAUCCCUCACUGCGAAUCCGUCUAUGGGUAUCCUUACCUGCACAUCCACCGUGCCGACUACCACAAGAUCCUGGUCGAGGAAGCCGAGCGCCAGGGCGUCGAAAUCCGCCUGGACUGCUUCGUGACAGGUAUCGACUUUGAGCUCCCAGCCGUGCACAUCAAGAACCGCUCCGAGCCCUUCACCGCAGAUCUGAUCAUAGGCGCUGACGGCCUCAAAUCUGUCUGUCGAGAAGCGCUCCUGGGCCGCCCCGAUCCACCCCAUCUUACUGGGGAUCUGGCCUACCGAAUCGUCGUCCCUGCCGAGUCAAUGAAGUCCCACCCACUGCUGCGCGACCUCGUCGCAGUGCCCAAUAUCAACUACUGGAUGGGACCCGACUCACAUGUGGUUUCCUACCUCCUGAAGGGUGGUAACCUGUACAAUAUCGUGAUCGCGUGCCCGGACAACCUGCCCGAGUUCAUCAACCAGCAAAAGGCCGACCUGAACGAGAUGCACGCAUUGUUCAAGAACUGGGACCCGCAGCUGCGGGCCUUGCUGGAGCUGUGCAAGGACACGAGCAAAUGGCGCCUGCAGAACUCGCGCGAGAUGCCCACCUGGAGCCACCCGAGCGGCCGAUUCACCCUGUUGGGCGACGCCUGCCACGCCACCCUGCCGUACUUGGCCCAGGGCGCUGCGCAAGCCGUCGAGGACGGCGCCGUGCUGGGCCACCUGUUCGAGAAGAUCGAGUCCCGCGCCCAGGUCCCCGACCUGCUGACCAUCUACGAGAGCCUGCGCAAGCCCCGCACCACGCGUGUGGUCAUGGGUGCGUCGCAGUAUGGGAGGGAAAUCUUCCACCUCCACGACGGCCCCCGCCAGAAGGAGCGCGAUCGCCAACUUCUCGCGUGGCAGGACGAGCCGUUUGAGGGAUACCAGAACCGCUGGCGAGACCCGGUCUUUCAGAAGUUCCUGUUCGGAUAUGACGGUAAGGAGGUCGUCGAAGACGCCUGGGAUCGGUACCUGCAGGGCCGAUUCCCGGGCACCAUGGGCCGCUUUGCGCCCGAGCUGGACGAAACUGAAGGUUCCGCUCGCGAACUGGACGAGCUGAGGAGGGCGGAGAGGAGAAUCAAUGGUGACGCUGUCGCUGGCGCCGAUGAGGAUCAGGCGAGGCUGUGA